AUGGGAAUGGCCGGCGGGACCCGGAGGGCAGAGCGGGAGACCCGGAGCCACCGGAGCCACGAAAUCCACCGGCACCUGCAGGUGGGCUCGGCCGAGAAGCGUCGCGGAGACCGGACAGGCGGGCGAGGCGGAGAGGAGAAGUCCCCGCACUGCUCUGAUCACCCUGAUCCACCCACACCCCUCACCUGGAGCAGGGAUGGGGUGAAGCCUCCAGAGCCCCAGGAAGACCCUCCACCCACCCAAAACACCCUCACCCUGGAAAUCCAAGGAUGGAGGAGCCCCCUGGGUGCCACGGACUGGGCUUUCCUGUCCCUGGGAGCUCCCAGGCUGCUCCUGGAACUGGUUUGGAGUGACCAAACUGUUCAAUCCCAUCCCUCCUGGAUGAGGCAGCGCCAGUGGAUCCGGGCUCGGGAUGCUGGCCUGGCUUUCCCAAGGAUGUUCAGCACCCUCUCACCUCUCCUGGAUGGGCAGGUGACAGGAGUGGGGUCCAGGGGACCAAGGAAUGCUGGAGAAAAGCCGAGGCUGGGACUGGAACGUGGGCAGGAUCCGUGGGACACUCUUCCCGUGCCCAGGGCCAGGCUCCGGGAGCUGGAAACCCGUUAA